UCAUAUAAGUUACUACCAAAUUUGCCUUCUCUUUUCAAGGUAAUCCAAGGAAGAAGGACGAAUCCCAUGGCUCGGAUGUUGCCUUUGUUGUCAUGUUUGAGUUCUUUAAGAGAGCUAAAACUAAAGGACUGCAAUCUUUGUGAAGGAGAUAUUCCACGUGAUCUUUCUAGUCUAUCCUGUUUGGAAGAACUUGAUCUUAGUGGUAACAAUUUCAUCAGCAUACCUGCAUCUCUUACUCGACUCUCCAAGCUUGAAGAGCUUAGAUUGUCAAAUUGCAACAUGUGCACUCUUGGUGAAGCAGAUAUUCAUGGUCUAUCCUCUUUGAAACGACUUUUUCUUGACGGUAACAAUUUCAUCACCGUUCCUUCGGCUCUGACUCAACUUUCCAAGCUUAAAUUGCUUGCAUUAUCAAAUUGCAUGAAGCUUAAAUCGUUGCCUGAGCUACCAACAAGUAUAGGAAGUGUGACAAUAGAUGAUUGUUCUUCACUUGAAGUAGUUGCAAGUCCAUCAAAAGUAUGCAAUUUAGUGGGUGGUGAUGACAUUCGUGCCAUUAACUGCUUCAAAUUGGCUGAGAAAAUCAAUGCAUUAGCACUGCUGAAAGAACAUAUUAAGGCACUUCCAAAUUCUAGAAAAUGGUUUGAUGAUGGCUUCUUUGAUAUUAUGAUGCCCGGAAGUGAAAUUCCAGAAUGGUUUAGCCAACAAAAAAGUGACUCUUCAAUUAAGAUACCCCUACCUAUCAACCUUCGGAAAGAUAGUCAAUGGAUUGGAGUUGCUUGUUGCUGCAUUUUUGUCAAUAAUGAUGCUUCAAGGAAUAAGAAGUUUAUCAGCUGUGAAGGAUCGAUUUUUCGAGGUAGAAAUUGUCGACCAAUUUAUUGGAGAAACCGGUGGGUAGGUCGAUACUUUCACAAGCCCAUAAUGAAAGAUCACCUUUUUCUUCGUUAUUUUCCGCGUGAUAAAUAUGGUGACUGUGAAACCAAUAAUUUAUGGACGACAGAUUGCUUAGAUCAAAUAUGCGAUGAGCCUGAGUUGUCUUUCAGUACCUUUUUUGGACCAAAUUACCGUUGUGUUAAGGUGAAGAAGUGUGGUGUUAGAAUAGUGUAUGAGAAAGAUUUGGAAGAAAUGAAAGAGUUGCAGUGCGAUACCACUCAAUCUUCUCCAAAUUUUGAGCACAUCCACCAACACUCUGCUCACAACCAUGGAUCAGUAGGUAGCACUUCUCACAUAAAACGGAAACGUAAUAUCUAUGAAGAAAUGGAGGAAGAAGAGCCGCAACCAAAACUGAUGCAAAAUUUUUUCAAUUUUGUAAUGGACCAAUCAAGAAAGAAGCAUUAACUGAGGUAAACUACUUAACCAACUUUGUCCUAUUAAUUUUUGUUUACACAUCUUGUAUUUCAUUUAAACAAUUCUUCUAGACUUGUUUUACAUAUGAGAUAUGAUCCUUCCAUUAUAUGCCAAAACAUUUUAAAAAUUUUAUUCAUAUUCAUAUUCAACGUC